ACUCACUGGACCGUCAGGGUAUGUAACGGAUGGGCCCGGAAAUUACAAAUACAAAACAAAAUGCACGUGGCUUAUUGAAGGAAGACCAAACACAAUCCUCAGGCUUCGAUUCAAUCACUUUGCCACAGAGUGCAGUUGGGACCACUUGUACGUGUACGAUGGAGAUUCCAUUUACGCUCCCUUACUGGCAGCUUUCAGUGGUCUUAUUGUUCCUGAGAAAGACAGCAACGAAACGGUACCAGAAGUUGUAGCUACUUCUGGAUAUGCUCUUCUGCAUUUCUUCAGUGAUGCUGCCUAUAAUUUAACAGGGUUCAACAUCACCUACAGCUUCAACAUGUGUCCCAACAAUUGCUCCGGCCGUGGGGAGUGCAAGCUCAGUAACAGCAGCAACGCUCUGGAGUGUGAAUGUGCCCAGUACUGGAAGGGAGAAGCUUGCGAAAUCCCGUACUGCACAGAGGACUGUGGGGCGCCUGAGAGAGGCCACUGCAACCUUAACGACACGAGGGCAUGCUCCUGCUCUGCGGGCUGGCAAGGUCCUGGCUGUUCAAUUCCUGUUCCUGCAAACCAGUCGUUUUGGACGCGGGAGGAAUACUCUCUUCCAAAACUUCCUAGAGCAUCUCACAAAGCUGUGAUCCAUGACAAUAAAAUGUGGAUUGUUGGAGGCUAUGUCUUCAAUCAUUCUGACUCUCAGAAGGUUUUAGCUUAUGAUCUUAUUUCUGAAGAGUGGCUUCCGCUGAACAACGCUGUGAACUCUGUAGAGAUGAGAUACGGUCACUCCUUGGCACUACAUAAGGAUGAUAUCUACAUGUAUGGUGGAAAAAUAGAUGCGACAGGGAACGUGACCAGCCAGCUGUGGGUGUUCCACAUUCCCACGCAGACCUGGACUCCAGCGACGCCGAAAGCCAAGGAGCAGUACGCUGUGGUGGGCCACUCGGCACACAUCGUCACUCUGCAGGAUGGCAGCGUGGUCAUGCUCGUCAUCUUCGGGCACUGCCCCCUGUACGGCUACAUCAGCAAUGUCCAGGAAUACAACCUGGCCACAAAUACCUGGAACAUUUUACAGACGAGCGGAGCUUUGGUGCAAGGAGGUUACGGCCACAGUAGUGUUUAUGAUCCCAGUACGAAAUCCAUUUAUAUCCAUGGAGGGUACAAAGCGUUCAGCGCCAACAAGUACAGGCUGGCAGACGACCUGUACAAGUAUGAGGUUGACUCCCGUAUGUG